AUGGAAAUCUCAAGGUUUUGGGGGACAUUGGGGAGCUUGGGCUUGAGAUUUGGGCAGGCUAUGUUUGCUCUUGCUUCAUUGCUCUCAGUGUGCAUGAGUACUGGCUUCUACAAUUACUCUGCCUUUUGCUUCUUGGUCACAACUAUGGGCUUGGUGAUCCCUUGGAGCUUAACCUUAGCUAUGACAGAUGUUUUAUCGGUUUACAUCAGACCUUCAUUUCAGCUGCCCGGGAUGCUAUCGUUCGUUGUGAUUGGAGAUUGGGUUGUGUCGAUUUUGUCGCUAGCUGCAUCUUGCUCGGCCGCCAGUGUGACGGAUUUUUUGCUUGAUUCGGGAGACUCUUUUUGCUUGGAAAACCUAUGCACGAGAUAUCAAGUGGCGGCGGCCAUGGCUUUACUGUCUUGGUUCUUGUUGUUACCUUCCAUGUUCCUCAAUCUUUGGACUCUUACUUGCAUGUAG